UCCUAAAGGAACUUACACAUUAGGAUAAUAUCUCGCAAGUAUCUUGACAGUUCGUGGGGAUUUUUACCAACUCAAGUCAUCGCCGAGUGCAAUUACGUAGUAUAUUUCCACAUGUGUACAUUGGUUAAUCACGAAGUACCGUUCAAGUAGUGGCAAAGUCCACGACAAGUUGUGGUGAUUGAGGAGAGUCCUCGCAGUGAGGCCUGUACUCCGAUAGAGAACGAAAAAUAAUUCAUUUGUGUUGCACCUGAUAAGGAAUAAGGUUAUUCCCCUCUCCCCCUGUCUCAUAAACAUUAAAAAAAAUCAUAAUUUCACGUGCCUUACGCAUUACCCUUGAUUAACCGAUUAUUGAAAUGUUGAUCCCCUCAGAGAGAGAAAAAUAUGAGUUUCAAUACCGAUGGAUCCAAGGAAAUUGCUGAUUUGCAAUUGAAACAAUUCAUCGACGUUGUAUCUGCCAAUCAAAAGUUUCAGGGUCUAGUCCAUGGCCUGACAGAAAUCUGUUGGGACACUUGCGUUGACCGUCCAACACCCCGUCUAGAAUCAAAAACCGAGAGGUGCCUCGUUAAUUGCAUCGAACGCUUCAUCGACACAACAAACUACAUAACAAAUCGUCUUGAGAAAGUCGCCCAGUCCGCCUCCUUCGAGUCCGACUAGAGAAAAAAAAACAAGUCCCACGAAACAAAUUAAUGUUAAGACUAGAGUUAGUUAAUGGGUCAAGAGAGUGCCUCAGAAGAGUUCCACCAUGUUCUCAAGUUUGCGAAGAUUCUUGAGCAAUCACAGACGUAAAUUCAUAGUCAGUGGAAUAAUUGUGGGCAGUGCUGUGGUCCUAUGGAGAUGCAGUAAACAGAAGCUCCUGGAAUGGAAGCAGAAGGAGGUGCAGGAGUUGCUGCAGAGAUCGAGGAGGAGUCAGCACUUUGAGAGUACCGAGAGAUCCUGCAACCAGACGAUAAUAAAUCUGGCGGUGUGCGUCAGAAAUUCAGUGAUAAAGUCCCUGGAUACAGAGAAGGUGGUGAAUGAGCUUCGAGAUGGCUCCGCUGAUAAAAUAACAGCCUGGAACAAGCUGAAGGUCUUCUCGAUAGCUCGUUCAGCUACUGUAAUAUACGCCAAUACAAUGCUGGUGGCGACUCUCAGGGUGCAGCUGAAUCUCAUGGGGGCGUACAUGUUCAAGAAUUCACAGAAGACUCUGGACACUGGACAUUUGAGUGAGGAGCUACAGCAGAAGUACCUGACACUGUGCAGCUACUUCAUUGACGAAGGAAUCCAGAGGCUGAGUGCCUUCAUUGAGAGGAAAGUGGAUGAGACAGUUAGUUCUAUCAAACUGACUGAUAAGUUGAGCAUCAGGGAUUUGGAGCAGAUUUAUCUAGCCAUUAUGUCCACUGUUCUCGCUGAUGAUGCCUGCAAUCCAGUCAAGAGGCUCACGAGCUAUAUGCUACCACCUAAUGUCGAGGAGGAAAAUGAUCCACUGCUUAAGAAGAUUGUUAUUGAGACGCUGGAUCUUCUGGAGACUGAGGAGCUGCAGAGCCUCAUGCAAUCCAAUAUCAGGACUGGAUUUGUUGCUUUGGUUGAUAAAAUAUCGGAGUAUUUCAUUGAAAUUCCUUUUGAGAAGAAUGGAAUGUCCGGUCUUAAGGAGUUGGAGGGGAAGUAUGGGUUUUUAGAUGUCAAUAAAAUUACCAUGCCCAUGGCGAAGAUCAUUCCUAUUGUCAAUGGACAGGUGCCAGAUGCACCCACUCAGAAUGAUAUACCCACGGACUGGCUGCAGAGGCUCAUCAUGGACGAGAUGCUCAAGUCGUUUGGGGCUAAUGUCUAUGAGGCAUUCAGCUUUUAAGCGGAGAGGUGGGGGAGUUAUUGAGUUUUCCAUGCUUACAGGGAUGGAAAUGUGAAAACUAUUUUAUAUACGCGGAUGUAAUGUUGUUAAUAAAUUAAUCAGUUUCACUUGGA